CAAACUUGAAAAUUAAGGAGCAGGUUGUGGCCGGGCCUGACGAUGCUCUACAGUCGAGAUCAAAUUCUCACGCCACCUCUUCGCAGCAACUCUGACAUGCUGCGACUGCUCGUCAAUGAUCAUACAACGAGAUGUCACCCAAGUCCGCCUUGUUCGAGGGCGAGAAAACCACAGUCAAGUCGGCCAUUCCGCCAGAAGACAACAAAAUUUACUUCGCCACGCCUGUUCGCGUCUACUUUGCACAUCCCCAACGAUACGAGUGGACCUAUGGAGGUUUACAGGGCGCUCUCGCACUCGUUGAGGAUUUUUCUAAGCGUGCGUACUUUGUGAAGCUCGUGGACAUUUUUGGGAGCAGAGGUGUCAUAUGGUCGCAUGAGGUAUAUGAGGGGCUCGAGCUGAACCAGGACAAACCCUUCUUUUAUUCAUUUGCCGGUGAUUCAUGUAUGAUUGGUCUGGUCUUCUCCGACCAAAAGGACGCAAAGUUCUUUCACAAAAAGCUCACCAAUCGCAAAGCGAUCAAAGCGAAAGCCGCCCAAGUAACAAAGCCAGUUUCAAAGGGCGGUAAGAUUGACAAGUCCAUGAUAUCGGGUCCGGUGCAAGGCUCCUUCAAGCAUGUCGCGCACAUGGAAUUCGAUCUUGAGAAGGGUUUUAUUGUUGAGGGUGUAGAUAAAUCCUGGGGACAACUUGCUGCCGACUUGGGGGUGCAUGGUAUUCCCACAGACGUUGUUGAGGCCAACACGGAUUUCAUUCGGGAGUUUUUCGAAAAAGCGAAACAAAAUGGUCAUAUCCAGGAUACGGAACCUGCCAAGAAGAAGCCACCACCCCCACCGGUCCCUCGACGCGGAAUGCAUGGACCCUCGGCAAGUGUUACUUCGACCAACGGCGACACCCAAUCCGCUCCGGCACCCCCAGUACCUCCUGCAAGGGUUCCGCAUACUAAACCAAUCCCCCCUCCUCAGCCGCGAUCUGCACAACGCAAUUCAGGCGCUCCUAUCCCACCACCACCUCCUUCCAGAAGUCCUGCUCAGCCGCCACCACCUCCUCCUAUUCGACCAGCUAGUGCUGCACCUGUGCAUCCUUCUCGCCCAGCUCCUCCACGCCCAGGAGUGACCCCUCCACUUACCAACGGACCACCACAACCACCGCCACCACCGCCAUCAACCAGCGGGCCACUACCACCACCACGACCUCCGCCAUCAACCAAUGGUCCACCACCACCACGACCUCCGCCAUCAACCAGUGGUCCACCGCCACCACGACCACCACCGUCAACCAGUGGUCCUCCACCUCCACCUCCACCCCCGCCUCCACCUCCACCUCCACCGCCACCCCCGACAACUGGGUCUCCUCCGACCACUCAUGGACCACCCUCUCCUCCAACUGAAGAUGACGUGCCACCCCCUCCUCCACCCCCACCACCUCCCACUUCAGCGUCGGCACUUCCAGCUAUGCCACCCUCCCAGCCCGGCCGCGCUGAUCUUUUGGCGUCCAUCCGGGGGCAAAGUGUCCACAAUCUGCGCAAGACCCCCAAAGUCGAUCCCAACGCAACGUCGACGCUCGCGCCUACGGCAGACGAACCUAGUACACGUAGCGGUGAUAGUGGCGGAACUACAGUUGCAGCUGGUGGUGAUUUAACCGCUGCACUUGCAGCCGCGUUACUGCAGAGGAGUAAGAAAUUGGGAGAGAGCGAUGAGGAGGAUGACGAUGACGAUGACUGGGAUUAGAUUAGCUGCUAUUUAUGACGUUUAUACAAUCGAAUACCCGGUGUUCUGUCCCGGUUCAAUUGUGAUGUAUGAUAUAUGCGAGUAUGUAAGUGAACGCUUGGUUACGGUAGUUCGGAAGUACUCGUUGAGUCCGAUCUUCCUAAAUGACCCUUCCUUGCGUACGGAGUUGAAUGCACCGCAUGAUAUCACCACGAACGUCCCCAUAGUCACUGUUCCAUAAAAUCCAGCCAGCCAGCCAGUGGCAUGUAUCCAAGGACGACGAUACGAUGAUAACCUGAUUUGGGCUGGAAGGCGAUUGCCGAGAUUGGUGUGACAAAUGAGGGGGAACAGUUCGGGA